AUGCCAUCAAGGAAAAGAAGCAAUAUAGGUUCAUCUUCUAGAGCUGCCAAACGAAUGAGACUAUCUCGAUCAUUAAAUAGAAGUCAGGAGAGACACAGAACAGGAAAUAAUUUAGUACCUCAAAGACUUGAAGAAAACACCCAAAACGAUGUAAUAGAAGAGAGAGAAAGAAGACUUAGAAGGAACAGAGAACGCAACGCUUUAAGUAGACUUACUGAAUCUUUAGAAAGUAGAGAAAGUAGAUUAGCAAGCGAUCGACUUAGACAUAUUUCUGCUAGAAUGCAAGAGUCUGUCGAACAGAGAAGAGAAAGAUUAGCAAACGAUCAACUUAGACAUGCUUCUGCCAGAUUAGAAGAGUUAGUCGAAGAGAGAGAGGAAAGAUUAGUAACAGACCGUCAAAGGCAUACUACAGCUAGAUUAGAUGAGUCUGUGGAACAAAGAGAGACUAGAUUAGGAAAUGAUCAACGUAGACAUGUCAUGGCUAGAUUAGAUGAGUCUAUGGAGCAAAGAGAGGCUAGAUUAGAAAAUGAUAGACAAAGAUAUUUUACAGCUAGACGAGAGGAGUCCGCUGAACAUAGAGAGAUUAGAUUAGGAAAUGAUCGACAAAGGCAUGUUACAGCUAGAUUAGAAGAGUCUGCGGAACACAGAGUGGUUAGAUUAGCAACUAAUCAACAAAGACAUAUAACAGCUAGAUUAGGAGAGUCUGCAGAACAACAAGAGGUUAGAUUGGCAAAUGAUCGACAAAGACAUUUCACAGCUAGAUUAGAAGAGUCUGCGGAACAUAGAGAGGUUAGAUUAGCAACGGAUCGACAAGGACAUAUUACAGCUAGAUUAGGAGAGUCUGCGGAACAUGAAGAGGUUAGAUUAGCAACUGAUCGACAAAGGCAUGUCACAGCUAGAUUAGAAGAGUCUGCGGAACAUAGGGAGGUUAGAUUAGAAACUGAUCGACAAAGGCAUAUUACAGCUAGAUCAGAAGAGUCUGCGGAACAUGAAGAGGUUAGAUUAGCAACUGAUCGACAAAGGCAUGUUACAGCUAUAUUAGGAGAGUCUGCGGAACAUGAAGAGGUUAGAUUAGCAACUGAUCGACAAAGGCAUGUUACAGCUAGAUUAGAAGAGUCUGCGGAACAUAGGGAGGUUAGAUUAGAAACUGAUCGACUAAGACAUGUUACAGCUAGAUCAGAAGAGUCUGUGGAGCAUAGAGAGGUUAGAUUAGCAACUGAUCGACAAAGACGCACUACUGUUAGAUUAAACGAGUCUGUUCAGUAUAAUUUGAGACUAAGAAAAGAAGCGAAUCGUAUACAAGUAAUAAGAAAUAAUCAAACGAAUGAUGAAAUUUCUUUCAGACGUAUUUCUGAUAGAGAAAGGCAUAUUGUUAAUAGAGCGUUAGAGUCGUCAGAAGUGAGGCAAGAAAGACUUUCGAGAGAUACGGAAAGGCAUGAAAGGUCAAAUCUAAGGCAAUGGCAAAAUAGAUUUGAAAGUGGUUUCUUUUAUGAUCCCCUGAUUAAUUACAAUGAAGUAGCAAAUAUUGGAUUGAUGAGCAAUGUUUGUAAUUUUUGUUCAGCCUUAAAAUGGGUAAAUGAGGCUAAAGGUAUGUGUUGUUCCUCCGGAAAGAUUAUUUUGCCUGCAUUACUUGAUCCACCAGAACCGCUUCGUUCACUUCUUGAUGGAAAUCAUUAUAAUUCGGAAUUAUUCUUGAGGAAUACCAGGAAAUAUAAUUCAGCUUUUCAAAUGACUUCAUUUGGAGCAAAUGAACUAUAUGAACCAGGUUUUAGACCUACCUGUAGAAUACAAGGUCAGGUACAUCAUUUAAUGUCAUCCCUCUUGCCUUCUGAUAAUCAUGUAUCUUCAUAUCUUCAAAUAUAUUUUAUUUCGGAUCAUCAAGACCAAGUCGAUAGAAGACUUUCUAUUUUUAAUACCCUGGAUAGAACUUUGUUGUUAGAUUUGCAGAAUCUUCUUCAUGGCAUCAAUUCUUAUAUUCAAAGUUUUAAAUCUGCAUUAGACUUACUGCCGUCAGAUUCAAUUAAUCAUAGAGUAUUUAUUAAUGCAGACUGUAGACCAAUUGGUGAACAUCCAGGGACAUAUAAUGCACCGACAGUAUCUGAAGUAGCCAUCAUUAUGGUUGGCGAUCCAACCAAUCCAAGGGAUAUUGUAUUGCAAAAGAGAGCAGGUGGUUUAUUUCGGAUAUGUGAAACCCAUCGAUCAUAUGAUGCCCUACAAUACCCUCUCAUGUUCUGUCGUGGAGAGGAUGGAAAUCAUUUUGGUUAUCGUCAGACGAAUCCUGAAACAGGUCGAAUGACGGAUAAGAAAAUAUCUGCUUUAGAGUUUUAUUCGUAUCGUAUAAUGGUAAGAGGUGUACAUAAUUUCCUACUUGAUUUUAGACAACUGUUCAACCAGUUUUUGGUAGACAUGUACGCUAAAAUUGAGAGUGAACGCUUACUCUAUAUUCGUUUGAAUCAAACUAAACUUAGAGCAGAACAAUAUAUUCAUCUUCAAGAUGCUAUUGGAAGGAAUGAAAACAUUGAUUCUUUAGGUCAAAUGGUAAUUCUACCCUCAAGUUUUACAGGUGGUCCUCGAUACAUGCAUUCACGCACUCAGGAUGCAUUUUGUUAUGUGCGAAAAUUCGGUCGUCCUGAUUUAUUCAUCACAAUUACCACCAAUCCCAGGUGGUCAGAGAUUACUAAUAAUAUAUCAACCGGUCAAAAUGCUCAUGAUCGUCAUGAUAUAGUUGCUAGAGUUUUUCACUUGAAAUUAAAACUUUUAAUAACGCUUUUAAAGAAUGGUAAAAUUUUUGGAAAAGUGCAGUGUUAUAUGUACUCAGUAGAGUGGCAAAAACGUGGCUUACCUCAUGCUCAUAUCCUUAUAUGGCUAACAGAAACCAUGAAUCCUAAUAGAAUCAAUGACGUUAUCCGAGCAGAGCUUCCUAAUCGUGAAGUUGAUAACAAGCUAUUCGAAUUAGUGAAACGUCAUAUGGUACAUGGGCCAUGUGGCCCGUUUAAUAGACAAUUGAUAUGUAUGAAGGAAGGCCACUGUUCUAAAAGGUAUCCUAAGCAAUAUGUGAGAGAGACAGUAACUGGAGAGGAUGGUUAUCCUAAAUACAGAAGAUUGUCUCCUGAAGACGGUGGAUUUACCACGACUGUCAAAAUAGGAGAACAGAACAUAACGUUAGAUAACAGGUGGAUUGUACCAUACUCUCCAGUUCUUUUAAGAACCUUUGAAACACAUAUUAAUGUCGAAAAUUGCAAUGGAGUGAAAGCAAUUAAGUAUAUAUGUAAAUAUAUAAACAAGGGAAGCGAUCAAGCGUCUAUUGGCAUAGUUGAUGAUAAUGACGAAGUUAGUAGAUAUCAAUCAGGUCGUUAUAUUUCUUCUUCUGAAGCAGUUUGGAGAAUAUUAGAAUUUCCUAUCCAUGAAAGGUUCCCUGCAGUAAUACAUCUGGAUGUUCAUCUCGAGAAUGGGCAAAGGGUUUAUUUUAGACCAGACAAUUUAACUGAACGACUAGACAAUCCUCUUAAUACUACAUUAAUGGCUUUUUUUAAAAUUUGUCAGACAGAUACAUUCGCUCGAUUAUUACUUUAUCAUGAAGUACCCUCAUAUUAUACUUUUGACAAGCAAAGACGCAUAUUCUCGAGAAGAAAAAGAGGUGAAUCAGUGUCAGGACAUCUAGGAGUGUUUAAAGAUUCUGCAAUUGGCAGAGUAUACACAAUUCAUCCUAAUAACAGUGAAUGUUUUCAUCUUCGAUUGCUUUUACAGCAUAUUCGAGGCCCAACUUCAUUCGAGAGUCUGAGAACAAUUAGGGGUGAAGUACAUCCAACAUAUAAAGCAGCUUGCAAAGCAUUAGGUCUUCUCGAAGACGAUCAUCAUUGGGAAGAUGCACUUACAGAAGCUGCUUUAUUUCAAUGUGCAUUCAAGAUGAGAGAGUUAUUUUGCAUUCUUCUAUUAUUCUGUGACCCGAGCGAUCCCUUAAAUUUAUGGAUUAAAUUUCGUAAUGCCUUAGCGGAUGAUUUUCUUCGAGAUGCUCAAAGGACAAUAUCAAAUACUACCUAUGAGAAUACUCCACGCUUAUAUGAUUUGUGUCUACAGGCCUUACAAGAAAUGACUUUACGUAUAGGUGGUAAAAUUCUUAGUGAUUUUAAUCUUCCUUCUCCAGUUUUAUCGCUUCACCAACCUAAUGCAGAGUAUAUUAGAGAGACGAAUUAUGAUGUGAAUCAACUUUUGAUGUUUGUAAUGGAAAACGAACCUUCUCUUACAAACGAGCAAAGUACAAUCUAUCAUAAUAUACUCUCUAAUAUUAACUGUAUUGGUUCAAAACAGAUGUUCUUUCUUGAUGCUCCUGGGGGAACUGGGAAAACUUUCCUAAUUAACUUGAUUCUUUCCAAAAUUCGUAGUGAACGUAAAAUUGCGUUAGCUGUAGCUUCUUCAGGUAUAGCUGCCACCCUUCUUCCUGGUGGACGUACAGCUCAUUCCAUGUUUAAGAUACCGAUUAAUAUAGAACAGUCGGAUACUCCAGUUUGCUUUUUAUCAAAGAAUUCGCCCAUGUCUGAUGUAAUUCGAAAUUGUUCUUUUAUAGUGUGGGAUGAGUGCACUAUGGCACAUAAGAAAAAUAUUGAAGCUUUAAAUCGCUCUCUCCAAGAUAUUCGUAAUAAUUCUUUACAUAUGGGAGGAAUAACAGUGUUGUUUUCAGGAGAUUUUAGGCAAACUUUACCUGUCGUAACGCGAGGUACCAGGGCAGAUGAAAUUAAAGCAUCUAUAAAAAAUUCAUUUCUUUGGCCGUUUAUUAUACGUAUUUCUCUUUCAAUCAAUAUGCGUGUUCAUGUGGGAGGAGAGGAGGGGGCGCAGGAAUUUUCUGAUACACUAAUGAUGAUUGGUGAAGAUAAUAUGGAAAAGACUGAUGGUCUUAUUACCAUACCAUUAUCUUUAGGUUCAGUAGUUAAUUCUCAGGAGCAACUUAUAGCGAGUGUAUUUCCAAACAUUGAGCAAUUACCGACUUUACAAAGCUCUUGGUUAUGUGAUCGAGCUAUUCUCACACCAACCAAUGAGCAGGCUGCUCAAAUCAACAGAAAGAUUCUUUCUCUGUUUGAAGCAGAAGAAAGAACUUUUUUGUCAGUCAACACUCCUAUAAAUGAAAACGAUUUUAUUCAUUAUCCAAGAGAAUUUUUAGAUUCAGUUACUGCCCCAGGCUUACCUCCUCAUGAAUUACAUCUUAAGAUUGGAACUCCAAUAAUGCUUUUGAGAAACAUAAAUCCACCUAAAAUGUGUAAUGGUACGCGUCUCAGAGUACGAUCAUUACACAGACACAUAAUUGAAGCAGAAAUUUUAACUGGUUGUGCAAGUGGCGAGAUUGUCUUUAUAUCUCGCAUUCCUAUUAUUCCCAGUAACUAUCCUUUUGAGUUUAGACGUUUGCAGUUUCCAAUAAGUUUGUGUUUCGCAAUGACGAUUAAUAAAUCUCAAGGGCAAACUUUAGCUAUGGCAGGAUUAGAUGUCAGUGGUUCAGAAUGUUUUUCGCAUGGUCAAUUGUACGUAGCAUCGUCUAGAGUAAGAUCAUCAAGAUGCUUAUUCAUUUAUGCUCCAACUGGACAGACGCGAAAUAUUGUGUAUAGUGAAAUAUUAACAAACUAA